GCCAAAGCUAAAGCUGCAGCUUCAUCAGGAGGCAAGAGUGCCAAGAAAAAGAAGUGGUCAAAGGGGAAAGUCAAAGACAAGGCUCAGCACCUCGUCACUCUUGACAAGCCCACAUACGAUCGCAUUCUCAAAGAAGUCCCCACCUUUAAGUUCAUCUCUCAGUCCAUCCUUAUUGAGCGGUUAAAGAUCAACGGUUCCCUUGCUCGACGUGCCAUUCGCCACCUUGCAAAGGAGAAACAGAUCAAGAGAAUUGUACACCACAGCGGCCAGCUAAUUUACAGUUAG